UUUUUUUAUUCUAUUUUAUUGUAUGUGUAUAAACGUCACUUAAGUAGAGAACCAUGUUACGGACGCACCAACUCUUCCUAUUAAUAUUAAUCUCCACCUCAGGUUUGAUUGCCACAUCCACUGUGGAUCCCACAAUGAGCAUGCCUCCAUCGACAACGACACCAGUUUUAUCAAGCACAAAUUCAACUAGUGAUUCCACAGCUAGCCCAAACGAUGCUACCUUUACUGAUACUUCAGCGGAGGUAACAAGCGUUCCAUCUGGGAAUACAACUACACAAUUUCCAAUCAAUGCUACAACUCCACUGCUGUCAACGGAUGGGGGUAAUGUCACAUCUCCACCUUUAUCUACUCAAGGCAACGUAACAAUUUCCUCCACAUCUGCACCAGAAAAUGCUACAAGUUCAUCAGCGAGUACAUCAGGAAAUACCAUAACUUCACUUGUAACUACGGCAUCCAACAGCACAAGUCCACUUGUACCUACACUGGGGAAUGCAACAAACCAUCCUGUAACUGCACCAGGCAACACCACAACUACUCCUUCACCUGAUCCAGGAAACACCACAACUUUUCCUUCACCUUAUCCAGGCAACACCACAACUACUCCUUCACCUUAUCCAGGCAACAGCACAAAUUUACCUUCACCUGAUCCAGGAAACACCACAACUACUCCUUCACCUGAUCCAGGAAACACCACAACUACUCCUUCACCUGAUCCAGGAAACACCACAACUUUUCCUUCACCUUAUCCAGGCAACACCACAACUACUCCUUCACCUUAUCCAGGAAACACCACAACUACUCCUUCACCUGAUCCAGGAAACACCACAACUUUACCUUCACCUGAUCCAGGCAACAGCACAACUACUCCUUCACCUGAUCCAGGCAACAGCACAACUACUCCUUCACCUGAUCCAGGCAACAGCACAACUCUACCCCAGACUACAAGAGGCAAUUACACUACUCCUCCCAUUACCACACCAGGCAACAGCACAGUUUCAACAAUUACAACACCAAGCAAUGUCACAAUUACAGCACAAACUACAUCAGCUACCUGUCCUUCAGUGCCCUGCCCACCACUCAGUGUUUGUGUGAACUCCAUCUGUCAGUGUCUGACAGGAACUUUUCCUUUAAAUAAUGCCUGUGUGGAAACUAAAUCGUUCCCUAGUUCACUAAAGGUGAACCGCACAUUUGUACCUGCAAUGCAUGAUCCCAAAACACCUGAAUUCCACAAAGUUGCUAAUGAGAUCCUUAUUGCGGUAAAUGCAAUUCUCCGUAACCAGCCAAACUAUAUUAACAGCACAGUCCUUAGGUUGACGCCUGGCAGUAUAGUGGCUUCUGUAAACAGUUAUUUUGAGCCCAAUUCUCCAGUCACCCAGGAAUCGAUUACAUCGGCCAUUAGUACUGGUAUACAAAAUGCAACGACCUGUGGAAUGACAAACUGUGGCAUUCUUGCUGGUGCUCAAUACAAUGUUAGCAAUCUGUGCGAGCAAGAACUUUCUCCGUGUGAUGUGGACACUACAGAGUGUAAGGCCAAAGAUGGGAUCGCUCUCUGUACCUGCAAACCUGGCUAUGUACCCAGUCUUUACCAGGUCAAAAGCUGUAGAGUUUGUCCAAGUGGCUACAAAGCACAGGGAUCUGAUUGUGUUCAAUGUUCAUUUGGCUAUUCUGGUUUCAACUGUAAUGACUCCUCUUUGUUAGCCCUAGUGGUGGUGGCGUGUGUGUUAGGGGGACUUCUGCUCAUUGUAAUUCUGGCUGUUCUCAUCUACAUCUGUGUGACUCAUAGGAAAAGGUCAGACGACAAUCAUUUCAGCAGCCCGUAUGCUGCUGAAGAAUUUCGGGCCACAUGGCCCUCUCAGGAUAUCACCCAUAUUCCUCGUGUCACUCUCACAUCUAGUUCCAGUAAUGAUGUCUUUGGCAACAACCUGGAGAUGGUUGAAGGGCCAGGCAAAAAAGGCCACACUAAUGGAUUGAAGAUUAGAGGAAAGAAGGGCUCGUAUGACCUCACCGCAGAUGACAUGAGGACCUUUAAGGACCCAAACCCCACACGGUACUCUUAUCUGGUGGGUCAUGAAAAUCCAUACUUCAUACAAGGAGAUGAGAAGAGAUGAGGAAUUAAGCAAGGAAAGCCAACGAAAAGUAAGAAGACAAAGAAAGAGUGCAAUAACAACAUGAAUUAUAAAAAGGCCUUGGAUCAAAAUGGUUCUGGAAAUUUAACGCUGUCAAAGCCAUACAGCUGAUCACAGGCUGAAGGUACACACACAAAUGGCUUUUGAGAGAUACAUUGUUUUUAACAUUUUACUGUUUUUAUUGAAAUUCCCUUUCACCCAGGAUAAAAUGCUCACUUCCUACAAGUGCAUUGAUGAUUGGGUUUCUUUUACCACAAAGCUUGACUGGUCUUAAUGAGAGAUGAACAUUGAACAUCCACGCAUCUGUAUUUUUUGUCAUUUCUUGUUUUGUCUGCACAUUUUAUAUCAUAUUCAUUGCUUUGUUGUCUGUCAUGCAUGUUACUGUGGUUUUCAACUCAAAAUACUAAAAGCAUGUAAUUUUGAACCACAUUUUGACACAUUAUGUGUUUCAUUUGUGGAAGAAAUAAGGGGCAGCAUAUACAGUGUAAUCCAGUAGAUCUGGAUCUAAUCUGUAUUCUGAUACAGUAAUUGCAUUUUGUAGGAGAGAGCAUGUCAUGUUUGUUUGUGUUUUAAAUUAUGAUGAAUUUUUAGUUGAUAUCUUCUCCGAAGCAUUAAUUUAUUUUAUGCCAGAACAAUGCAUGCCACCAGAAAUUGAUCUCUGUGCCUGACUGUAAUGUUGUCUUUUGAAUAGGAGACUUAUGCAUUGAAGAGGAUUUCUUAACCAUGUUUCCUCUGUAGUUGUGCCAAAAAUCAUAUUUAUUUAAAUCAGAACAUGACAUUGUUGUUUUUACUCAACCAUCUGUUUGCUUCAUAUAUAUAUAUAUACUUAUUUAUGUGUCACUGGGAGAUUUUAUAUCUGUAUAUAAGGCUUUUGUAAGACAAAGUGAUUCUUUUUGUUCUGUAUAUUGAAAGAAAAUAAAUUAAUAUAAAAAUAUA